AUGCGUCGAGCUGGUGUUAAAAAACGUUUUUUAACGAUUAAUAAAAAUGAUGAUGAUGAAGAUGAACGUAUAACAUUUUGUUAUUGUGAAAGAGGCUCGAAAGAUUCUCAUAAACCAACUCUUGUAUUUAUUCAUGGCUUUUCAUCUGAUAAACAUACAUGGUUAACUGUUAUUAAAAAUAUUCCUCAUAGUUUCCAUUGUAUUGCUGUUGAUAUGCCUGGUCAUGGAGAAACUACAGGAUUUUCUGAAGAACAAGUAACAGCUGAUAAUCUUGUAGAUAAUCUUAAAUUGUUUUUAGACGAAUUAAAUUUAAAUGAAUCUAUUUGUCUUGUUGGUACUUCAAUGGGUGGUUCAGUUGUAGCUAUGUUUGCAGCAAAAUAUCCUUCAUAUGUAAAAAUGAUUUGUGUACUUGCUCCUGUUCCUCCUGGAGAAGAAUAUGAAACAGAAAUGAUCCAACAAAUACGUUCAGGAACAUAUAAUGUUCUUCUACCUGAAACACAUGAACAAUUCUAUGCUACAGCUGAUGCAAUGACAACGAAAAAACUUUAUUUACGUCGAUUAUUAGCUAAUGGUUAUUUCAAAACAAGAUUACCAACAUUAGAUCAUCAUAAAAAAAUUCUUCAAUUAGCUUUUGAAAAUGAUUAUCCAAAUCUUGAACAAUCUUAUUCACAAUUGAAAGAUUUCACAUGUCCAUCAUUGAUUAUUUGGGGUCGAAAAGAUCAAUUAUGUGCAGUUGAAGGUGCUUAUUAUUUUUCCAAUUUAAUACCCAAAUCAGAAGUAAUUCUUUUCGAUGAUUGUGGUCAUCUUAUUACUAAUGAUAAACCAAAAGAAACAGCAAAAAGUAUUGUACAAUUUUUGAAAGAAAAUCAUUCUUCAGAAGAAGAUUCCAAAACUGAUACGAACUCGUAA